GACUUGAAAAGCAGUUUUUGGUUUAGAAGAUUUUUCAACUUUGGAAUAAACAUAAGAAGAUAUACGACAGAAAGAAAUCAAUCCGCUUUUGUCGAACCUGUCAAGAGAUCACAUCAAGAAGUUGUAUUCUUCGAAGAAGACUAA